CCCGCCCCACCGGGCUGCCUUGAGGGCGCUUGCUGCUGCCCGGGCUUCAGUCGGUUGGAACCCGCUUCUGCUGAGCUUGUGUCCGCCGGUAGCUGGCCCAGCCAUGCUUUCUCGCGCAAGCAAGUCUCCGCCCCARCGCCGGGUGUUUGUAGUGGGGGUUGGCAUGACCAAGUUUGUGAAGCCUGGAGUUGAGAAUUCAAGAGAUUACCCUGACUUGGCAAAAGAAGCAGGUGAUUCUACCUGUGGGCAGAGGGCCAUCUAUCACAGUUUGGGAUUGACUGGAAUUCCUAUAAUCAAUGUUAACAAUAACUGUUCCACUGGUUCUACUGCUUUGUUUAUGGCCCGGCAACUGAUUCAGGGAGGUAUGGCAGAUUGUGCCUUGGCUCUUGGCUUUGAGAAGAUGUAUAAGAGAGGUCUUGAAAYAAAAUUUUCAGAUAGGACCAAUCCAGUUGAUAAACAUUUUGAAGUCUUGGUCAAUAAGUAUGGAAUUUCUGCCCACCCAAUUGUUCCUCAGCUGUUUGGUUCUGCUGGAAAAGAACACAUGGAAAAAUAUGGAACAAAAACUGAACACUUUGCAAAAAUUGGAUGGAAAAAUCAUAAACAUUCAGUUAAUAACCCGUAUUCCCAAUUUCAAGAUGAAUACAGUUUAGAUGAAGUGAUGGCAUCUCGAAGCAUUUUUGAGUUUUUGACUGUCUUACAAUGUUGUCCCACUUCAGAUGGUGCUGCAGCAGCAAUUUUGGCCAGUGAAGAAUUUGUACAGAAGUACGGACUGCAAUCCAAAGCUGUGGAAAUUUUGGCACAGGAGAUGGUGACSGAUUUGCCAAGUACAUUUGAUGAAGAAAGUGUUAUUAAAGUGGUUGGCUAUGAUAUGAGUAAAGAAGCUGCCAGAAAAUGCUAUGAGAAAUCUGGCCUGAGRCCAAAUGAUAUUGAUGUAAUUGAACUUCAUGAUUGCUUUUCUGUGAAUGAGCUCCUUACUUAUGAAGCAYUGGGACUCUGUCCAGAAGGGAAAGGUGGAAUACUGGUCGAUAGAGGAGAUAACACUUAUGGAGGAAAGUGGGUCAUAAAUCCUAGUGGUGGAUUGAUUUCAAAAGGACAUCCACUGGGAGCUACAGGUCUGGCUCAGUGUGCCGAACUCUGCUGGCAGCUGAGAGGGGAAGCCGGGAAGAGGCAAGUUCCUGGUGCAAAGGUUGCUCUGCAGCAUAAUUUAGGCCUCGGAGGAGCAGUGGUGGUCACGCUCUAUAAGAUGGGGUUUCCGGAAGCCGCCAGGACACAUCAGAUUGAGGCUGCUCCCACCAGUGCUGCAAGUGAUGGAUUUAAGGCAGAUCUUGUCUUUAAGGAGAUCGAGAAGAAGCUUGAAGAGGAUGGGGAACAGUUUGUGAAGAAAAUUGGUGGUAUUUUUGCCUUCAAGGUGAAGGAUGGUCCUGGGGGUAAAGAAGCCACCUGGGUGGUGGAUGUGAAGAAUGGCAAAGGAUCAGUGCUUCCCAACUCAGAUAAAAAGGCUGACUGCACAAUCACCAUGGCUGACUCGGACUUACUGGCUUUAAUGACUGGUAAAAUGAAUCCUCAGUCGGCCUUCUUUCAAGGCAAAUUGAAAAUCACUGGCAACAUGGGCCUGGCAAUGAAGUUACAAAAUCUUCAGCUUCAACCAGGCAAAGCUAAGCUGUGAAGAAUUCCCUUUGGCAACUUUGGAAAAUCGAGAUGAGAUAUAUAGAUAUAUAUCCACAUAUUUCAUUGUCAGAACUUAGACUGAAACUACACAUUGGCAAAUAGCAUGAGACAGAUUUGUUAAAUGG